CGCCCUGCCCGCCACAGCAGCAGCAGCAGCAGCAGCAGCCCAAGCACGGACACCCCCCCUUGCUCCCUUCCCCCGGUGGCGGCGGGAGGCGGCGACGGCUCCGGAGUGGCUCGGAAGGGUCGCCUGUCCGGUUGGAGGCGGCGGUGGCGGCGAGUGCCGCUGCUGCGGGGGACGGAGGAGGAGCCCGCGCGGAGGAAGGCUUUAUGUUGACUAUGAGUCUUGUGAUGAUAAGUGAGAAUGUGAAGCUAGCACGUGAAUAUGCAUUGCUUGGGAAUUAUGAUUCUGCAAUGGUUUACUAUCAGGGAGUGCUUGACCAAAUGAGCAAAUACCACUCUUCUGUCAAAGAUACGUAUCUUCAACAGAAAUGGCAACAGGUUAGGCAGGAGAUAAGUAUAGAAGCUAAGCAUGUGAAGGAUAUCAUGAAGACACUGGAAAGUUUUAAAUUAGACAGCACUCCUUUAAAAGCGGCACAUCAGGAAUUACCAGCUCAUGAUGGAGAAGUUUGGUCGUUGCCUGUACCUGCUGAUCGUAGAUCUUCACCAGGGCCUAGGAAACGUCAGUCAGCUCAGUGCAGUGAUUGCAGAAAUCAAAAUAACCGGGUUGGAGCAGCUGCUAGAGUCCUUCAUCGACCUUCUUCCCGAAGUACUAAUGAUAAAGGCAAAGUUGUUCGUGGUCGGGAAAAGAAAGAUCCAUUAAAUAAAGGAAAAGAGGAAAAAAAUAAGUCCUCAACUGAUAUUUCAGAACCUGAGCCAAAGAAAUUUGAUGGCACUGGAUAUGAUAAAGACUUAGUAGAAGCUCUAGAAAGAGAUAUCAUUUCCCAAAAUCCCAAUGUUCGAUGGGAUGAUAUAGCUGAUUUAGUGGAUGCUAAAAAAUUACUCAAGGAGGCAGUAGUUUUACCCAUGUGGAUGCCAGAAUUUUUUAAAGGAAUCAGAAGGCCCUGGAAGGGUGUAUUGAUGGUUGGUCCUCCUGGCACUGGAAAAACACUGCUUGCAAAAGCUGUAGCUACUGAAUGCAAAACUACCUUUUUCAACAUAUCAUCAGCAACACUCACUUCAAAAUACAGAGGAGAAUCUGAAAAGCUUGUUCGCCUAUUAUUUGAAAUGGCUCGGUUCUAUGCACCAACAACAAUAUUUAUUGAUGAAAUUGACUCCAUCUGUAGCCGUCGAGGAACUUCUGAGGAACACGAAGCCAGCCGAAGGGUGAAGGCAGAAUUACUUGUUCAGAUGGAUGGAGUGGGAGGUGCUUCUGAAAAUGAUGAUCCUUCCAAAAUGGUGAUGGUACUUGCUGCUACUAAUUUUCCAUGGGAUAUUGAUGAAGCAUUACGACGUCGCCUUGAAAAAAGAAUUUAUAUUCCUUUGCCAUCAGCCAAAGGCAGAGAGGAGCUACUCAGAAUAAAUCUACAGGAGUUGGAACUUGCUGCUGAUGUUGACCUUGUCACUAUUGCACAGAAUAUGGAAGGUUAUUCUGGAGCUGACAUUACCAAUGUGUGCAGAGAUGCUUCACUGAUGGCUAUGAGAAGGCGUAUUGAAGGCUUGACGCCAGAAGAAAUCAGAAAUCUUUCCAGAGAUGAAAUGCACAUGCCAACAACAAUGGAAGAUUUUGAAAUGGCCUUAAAAAAAGUUUCAAAAUCAGUCUCUGCUGCGGACAUUGAGAAAUAUGAAAAAUGGAUUUUUGAAUUUGGAUCAUGUUAAGCCUUUCUACCUUGAGAAAUCUGCCUUAAGUAUUGUAAAGAGUUCCAAAAGUAAUGAAAAAGUAGUACUCCUGGGUGCUCAGUGCUAUUUUUUAACUUUUUGUAACAACCAUAUAUAGUAAAGUUGGUUUUUUAAAGUGC